CUUUCCGUGGGCUCAUUAAUGACAAGCCACCUGAGUCAAUACUUCCACCAUUGGCGUCGGAUCUCAUCACUGCAAGCAAAACUUAAAAUAGGGAAGACCUUCUGGUUCUUCGUUCUUCUAAUCCCCGAAGCAGGCAUCUUCUUCAUCUUCGGGCGUUGCUACAUGCCCAUCACCUUGAUCAUGCCCUAGCUGUCAGAGGCUAAAAUAUUCCUCUACGGUCGUUCUUUUGUCUGCACUCAAUGCUGACUUUGAUCCCUUCCACAGUAGUCUCUCAGCAUGCAAGUGUACUAAAUUCUCGAGCCUGAAAUGGUGGCUGAAUCGAUCUCCGAGGCAGAAGAAUUAUAUAUAGCUGCAGUCCAUGUCGGGCGAGGGACCAUAAGAGGUGGAUGCGAUGCGAGAUAAUUUAGUCCACAAGGCAGCUGGGCAGAUACCAGCUUUGAUAGAGGGCUUGAAGAGGAAGAGGGGCAGGAUGAGCACCGGUGCGCGGAAGAGGAGAAGCAGCUCAUUUUUGUCCCUUGGCUGUGGCUGUACCGACUCCAAAUCGGUCUCGGUGUCAGGCAGCUUCGGCAGCAAGUCUACGUCGACUCUGCCACCGGCGCGCAGGGUCGCGGAAUUCUCUUCUGCGGAUACCAUCACCCUCACCUCCGGAUCCUCCUCUUUCUACGAGGAGGAGGAUGUGGAGGUGAAGAUGGAGAGAUCCACGAGCACGCCGAGCUUUUCGGAGCUUCUACGCCAACUCAACGAAUUGGAGCAGAGCGUGAUCGCUUGCGGGAGCCACGCUCCCCUGUCCAUCGAUGGCAAAAGAGAUGAGAAGAAGGGGAAUCGGUGGAGCAGCGGCCAAGGAAGGCAAGGACUGGAGGACAGCAUCGUGGUGGUGAAGGAGACGGAGGACCCGCUCGGGGAGUUUCGGCGGUCGAUGCUGCAUAUGAUCGUCGAGAAGGAAAUCGUGGAUGGUGCGGAGUUGAGGGAGCUGCUCCGCCGUUUUCUUGCGCUCAAUUCCCAGCGGCACCAUCGCACCAUCCUCCGUGCGUUCGCCGAGAUAUGGGACGACGUGUUCUCCGGGUACGAGCAGACCCCCGAUCUUCUCCGCCAUGGCUACUCCGGGCUUCCACCUCGCCGGCAUUUCUGAGAUGCAGAAGCAGAGCCACAACCAAAAGCUACAUCCAUCCAUCUGUACAACUCCUCUUCCCUUAUCUUUAUGCGUUAUAUGACGUCUUUAAACUCGA